AUGGCUGUUCGCGCGCAAUUUGAGAACUCGAACGAGGUCGGUGUCUUCGCUCGUUUGACCAAUUCCUACGCUAUCGUCGCUGUCGGUGCCUCCGAGAACUUCUACAGUGUUUUCGAGUCCGAACUCCAGGAUGUCAUUCCUAUCUGCCACGCUACCAUCGCCGGUACCCGCAUCGUUGGUCGGUUAACAGUUGGUAACCGCAAAGGUCUCCUCGUCCCUACCACCACCACAGACCAGGAACUGCAGCACUUGCGCAACACCCUCCCAGACGCGGUGAAGAUCCAGCGCAUAGAAGAGCGAUUGUCCGCACUGGGCAACGUUAUCUGCUGCAACGACCACGUCGCAAUCGUGCACCCCGAUUUGGAGCGUGAGACAGAGGAGAUUAUCGCCGACGUCCUUGGCGUAGAAGUCUUCCGCCAAACAGUUGCCGACAACGUCCUGACAGGUUCAUACAUGGCCCUCUCCAACCAAGGUGGUAUCGUCCACCCUAAGACCUCAAUCCGCGACCAAGACGAGCUCUCCUCUCUCCUGCAGGUUCCUCUCGUCGCCGGUUCCGUUAACCGUGGUUCUCCCGUGGUCGGUGCCGGUAUGGUCGUGAAUGACUGGCUCGCUGUUACUGGAUUGGAUACUACCGCUACUGAGCUGAGUGUUAUUGAAUCCGUCUUCAGAUUGGGCGAGAUGGCUCCUGGUGGUUCCGGACAGGGUCCUAAUAAGGAGUCUAUUGUUGAGAGUUUCUACUAG